CUAAUACAACCGGGAAGCUCCCUCCUUUAUAAAAUCAUCUCUUCGUUUUCAUGAGAUUUGAUGGAAACCAGAGAAACGAAAACAUGAGGCUGAGACUCAGAUGUUACGAAACCAGACAGACGCAGAAAAUUGAAUUGCCAGAUACAUGCACCGUUCUUCAACUUCAACAAUCCCUUUCCGCUUUUUCACCUUCUUCUGUCCGUUUAUCUCUCAACCGAAAAGACGAGCUCGCUGCGUCGUCGCCGGAUGAUUCUCUGGGCUCCCACGGUAUCACCACCGGGGACCUUGUUUAUUACUCCAACGAUCCCAUGGCUUUUACCUCUCCGUCGCAAACCCUAGUGUCCGCCUCCUCUUCUGUACAAGCAACGCUUCAUAGUGGAUCCACCAGUGCCGUAGAAACUGAAGAUUCCGUAAAACUCGAGGACCGAGAUGAAGAGAUGGACGAAGAAAGCUCGGUUCAAGACCGGUUAGAGGAGGAUUUUCUUUCGAGUCUCGAAAAGGGAAGAACCUCAAUUCAAGAUUAUGCAGAAGCUAUGCAUGUGGAUGAUGAAUAUUUAGAGAUAGCUGGUAGACGAAAAUUCUCUGAGCCUUCUUUCUUGAGGAGAGUAUUGACGGCGGAAUUAGGUGAUAGUGGUAGUCAAUACAAGCUGUUGAUCGCGGUCCACGCGGUGUUUUUGGAUUCGGGUUUUGUCGGGUUCGAUUUCGUCUCAGGUAGGCGAGUUGAUCGGUUGAAUUUACCUGACAAGUGGCCUUCAAUGGUCUUUUCUCUAUCUCUUUGGUACACUUUGCCUGAACUUUUGAGCAAUGGUUCUAAUUCACCUGAAUUGAUUGUUUUGAAGUUUCAAAAGUUAGGUCAUUUUGAUAAUGUUUAUGGAUCAUUAGCUUCUGGUGGUGCAGGGUUGUAUAGGGUAUGUUUGGAUGAAAAUAAGUUUCUACCAGCCAUAGAUUUGAUCUUAGGAGAUUGCGAUGAGAAUGGCAGGAUGGAUGAUAAAAAAUAUUGGAUUUUAGAUUAUGAGAAAGUAGUUUUUGAUUUUUGGAGAAUGGUGAAGGAUGGAAUUGUGUUGCCAUUGUUGAUAGAUCUUUGUGAUAAGGCUGGUUUGCUUCUUCCCGCUUGCUUGAUGCGUCUGCCAACCGAACUGAAAGUGAAGAUUUUGGAGUCACUUCCUGGUAUUGAUGUUGCCAGAAUGGGAUGUGUUUGUACU